UACAAAUGCAGGAAAAAGUUGACUCUGACGUUGACUCACAACUCUCAACAAUGAUAAACAAGUUGAUGUUUCGAAAAGAAAAACCUGACGAGGAAAAGCUAAAGGAAAAGCUAAAUCUCAUUCUUCGACCUGCCAAUUGUACUUCACUUGUCACUACUAAAGUUGAUGAAUUAAUCUGGCAAAGGCUAAUGCCACAAACACGCUCGUUUGACUCAAGGGCACAGGUAGCCSAAACAUGUAUUGUGAAGUCUGUAACACUCUUGACAAAAAUGCUGGAUAAGGCAUUAAACCUAAAAGACAAAAUCCCAGAUCUGCUUACAUCRUCAACCUCUGAUGAAACCGACAAACCUGACGAAAAAUUGCAAGGUGAAAUUGACACCUUCAUCCAAGAAGGUGUGAGUGCCCUCGAAAUCAUGAGYUUUGCAAAUUAUGRACUGAAUGCACGGCGUAGAGAGUGUAUARAGCCAGAUUUAAAUGAGGAAUACACUUCGCURUUCUCUGCAUCAGUGCCAAUCAAUGAAUUCUUGUUUGGAGGGGACACAUCCAAACGAUUGGAGGAAAUUGACAAAACAAACAAGGUGGUGAAAAAGGCUAUGGGUCAUAGCUCAUACUCCAAARGUCGGCAGUAUAAAACCAYUAACUUUAAUUAUAASAACAGAGGUCGGAACCRGAGGUCAUAUUCAAAAAGGAACAAUUACCCUYAGAGGCCUUUUKUAGGGAAACAYCSUUCCCCCUCCAACAGCAACUAUCAAAGAUAUCAAAAAGGAGGAAAAGGGAAGGAGUCAAAGAAUUAAACACAACUGAGGUAAGAAAYUCUCUGSUAUCUUUYUAUGGGGAUUCUUUUCACCUGGUUAGCACAACCCAUUUUAAAGCAGGUAGACUGAAAGAGUUUGCACCAAAAUGGGAGCAGCUAACAUCAGAUGUCUAUAUCCUUGACACUGUACAGCAUUGUCACAUAGAAUUUGCGGAAGAUUUCCGCUCAUGUAAACAAACAUAUGUCAGGACACAACAUUUCAAUAA